GCGGUUUAAAAAAACGGUAAAAAUUAUCUUAUCCUAUAAAGGAAACGAUAAAAUACGAAAUCCUUUAGCAACGAAUAGUUUAGUGUCCUCCAGUAACACGGGCAAUAAUAAACUCGUUUCGAUACAGAAGAUUUAGUGGGUGAAACAUGGAUUUUCCCACCCUUCUCUUCAUUUCCCUAUGCGUCGCGACGAGUCCUCGCGCAGCCUCCAGCGACUACUCGUUCCCCGACGAAUUCAUAUUCGGCGCCGGCACGUCCGCCUAUCAGACCGAAGGCGCCCCCGGCGAGCUAAAAUGCGACAACAUCUGGGACUUCGCCAUCGAGAACAACGCCUCGAUCAUCCAAAACUCCUCCGACGCCAAAACCGCGGACCAGAGCUUCCUCUACAACUACUACAGCGAAGACAUCGAUUACAUGGCCAAAAUGCACAUCGACCACUUCAGGAUGUCCAUUCCAUGGCCGAGACUUUUCGCCGACGGUUUACACACAUCCGACGCAGAAAUCGAGCACACAAUGCAACAUUACGCCCAGCAAUUCCAACUGCUUAAAACGAAGAAGAUAAACACCAUCGUGACGCUGUACCAUUGGGACCUGCCGCAGCUGAUCCAGGACUGGGGCGGCUGGACCAACGCCAGCAACAUCGAUUUGUUCGUCAACUACACCGACAACGUGUUCCAAUAUCUCUCCGGAACCGACUACAUCGAUUACCUGCUCACGUUCAACGAGCCGAAGCAGAUCUGCGUGUCCGGCUACGGCGACGGCUCGCUGGCCCCCUUCCUGAGCCACUCCGGCGUGCUGGACUACCAGUGCGUUAAAAACGUGCUCAAAGCCCACGCUGCGGUCUACCGGUUAUACCAGAAAAACUACGCCGACGAUUUUAAAUGUAAAAUAUCCAUAGCGCUCGACGGGUCUUGGUCGGAGCCCAAAACCUCUUCCGAAGCCGACCAAGCAGCCGCGAAACGCAGACUCGACUUCGAGUUCGGUUUGUACGCCGAGCCGCUGCUGACGGGCGACUGGCCCCGGGAGGUGGUCGAGCGGGUGAAGGAGCGCAGCGCGAAGGAGAAACUGCCCGAGUCGCGGUUGCCGGCGUUCACGGAGGAGGAGAAGAGGCUGCUGAAGGGCAGCGUGGAUUUCCUGGCGUUGAAUUACUUCGAUACCAGGGUGGUGGCGGACGCGCCGGAGGGUCCCAGCGACCGAUCGAGCUACCACAGCGAUGUGAGGGUGGAGGCGACGAGGGAGGCGUCUUGGAAGGAGGACGCCGCCGGAAACGCGGUCGAACCGACGGGGAUUCGGAAGUUUUUGAACUACAUGAAAAGAGAGUAUGGGGACCGGGAGAUUCUGAUAACGGGAAACGGAUUCGCGGAUGAUGGAGUGGCUGAUGAUAAGGAGAGGAUUCGUUAUUUAUGGGAAUAUUUGUGGAACGUCGCUGCUGCUAUUAACGAGGACGGUGUAAAAGUUUUCGGGUACAUUUAUUGGAGUUUGAUUGACGGUUUCGAAUGGACCAAAGGUUAUGGUCCUCAUUAUGGAUUACUCAGUGUCGAUUCGACGCUAGGAAGACACAGUAAAAGUUCAGCGGAUUACUACGGCCAGUUAAUUAAAGAAAGGAAAGUUUCAAAUCCCUAUCCCACAAGUAGCACAAGUACUACCACAGAAACAAGUACUACAACAGGAUCAAGUACUAGCACAGAAACGAGUACUACAACAGGAUCAAGUACUAGCACAGAAACAAGUACUUCAACAGGAUCAAGUACUUCAACAGAGUCACCAAAUUCAAAAGGAAACAUUAAGUUCAUCUCUUUCGAAUUGUUGUUUGUAAUUGUUUUAUUACCGCUAUUGAAAUUAUUCUGAAUUUCUUUUUAAUUUAACGCAAUUUUAUGCAAAAAUUUAUUUACUGAUAUCCUUUUCUACAGCAAAUUAUACUUACAUAUGUUAUUUUUCAUAGUACAUAUUUCAUCUGUUAAAUACAGAAACAUAUGCUUCAGUAUGCAUGACAUCUAUACAAUUAUUAAUCUAAAUAUCACAUUUUCAAUUUAUUUUUGCUAAAAUAGUUGUUUGUUUAUACGUCAUGCGUACGUCACAUACAAAUAUAACUCCAUUUUAACUAUUGUAAAAAAAUGUUAAUAACAAUAACGCUAUUCGGGUCUAAAAAAAGUAUUCAAUAAAUAAUAAAACUUAAAAUCGUAACAACAUGCGUGAAUACGAUCAGAAAAACUACAAAAUAUAAAAAUUGGCAACAUUUCCCAAUAUUUGUAACAUUGGAUUUCGAGUUUUUCUGCUCUGCAUAUCGCAUUUAAAAAUAUUUAUUAGAACUGUGUUAUUGUUAUUGUUAAAUUUAUUAAACUAGAAAAAAAUAUUAAAUUGUUAAUUAAUUAUAGAAAUUAAAUAGUAAACAGAUUGAAAAGUAAACAGACUCGUUAAAAUGCGUCAGCUACUAAGAAAUAACUAACUUAAAAUAUAAUUGAACAAUUUAUUGAAUUCAUGCAGCAAUGUUUAAAAAUUUGUUCGGUGAAAUUACCAGUUAAAGAAGAUGGUGAAUAUUAUAAAUAAUUCGUCAUAAUGGCGACUAUCUUUCAGUUUAGCACAAACACAUUAUAAUAUGCACCCGCAAAAAUAAUAAAUAUUUAAAAAGAAAAUCAAUAAAUUGAACUCUAAAACGUACUCCCGUAAUUUAUACACCAAAUCCAGCAGCUAAAGCAAUUUAAAAAUUACAGAAAUAACACUAAUCCAACAAAAAAAUAACCAUAAAUUGCCUAAACGGUUAGUACCCAUCGAUACAA